AUGAAGCUGGCCAUCUUUAGCGCAAUGAAGAUGUUCUCCAAAAUUCUCGCUGGCCAGCUUUACGACCCUCAUCUCCGACAACUCGUUCCGAACCAAUUGAUCACGGUUUGCAGGAGCACUGGUCUCAUCACCCAUGUCGAAACUUUCACCGCAACCACCACCACAGUAUUCGACGAUGAGACAAUCGACCUUCGCCAUCUUACUCUCUGUCCUGGUUUCGUCGACGCACAUGUUCACUUCUUUCUCCAUUCUUAUGCAGAAACGUCAUGGAUAGACCAACUCACGAAGGAGAGUCUCGCUGAGCGGACCAUUCGCGCUACCGUCCACGCGAAUCGAACCCUCAUGGCUGGGUACACCUCUGUACGAGACCUGGGAACUGAGGGAGCGGAGGAUGCUGACAUCGGGUUGAGGAAAUCACUCUCAGGGCCGAAUCCGCUCAUCGCAGGCCCUCGGUAUUUUACUGCAAAUCGAGCCAUUGUCUCGACGGGCAGCUAUGGUCCCAAAGGCGCAGUGCGCGUCAAUAAAGAAGGACUUGAUGACGUGGUGGGCGCUGAGGCCGCCGAUGGCCCAAUGGAAUGCAUUCGCGUGGUUCGACGCCAGAUUGGGGCAGGAGCGGAUUGUAUCAAGAUAUACGCAGACUACCCAGUCCGCUCUCGUCUUCUUGACGUGUCUCCCCGCAUCGCAGGGAAAAGCAUCCGCACCUUCAACUACGACGAGCUCAAGAUUCUCAUCAACACUGUCCACCAGUACAACCUCAAAAUUGCCGCCCAUGCAAAAACGGUACCCGUAAUGCAAGACCUGCUUGAGCUAGGCAUCGAUUCCAUUGAGCAUGGCUCUGAGCUGCACACUUCGGUCGAAAUAAUCAACAAGCUGGCAAGCCCACUAUGCCGGACGGUAUGGGUGCCUACCCUGGCUGCCUACUAUUCCAUUGCCCAGCGGACAGGCGACUCGUCGGUAUGGGAUACGGUCAAAAAGUCCUUUCAAGCAGUGCUUGCUGCAGGACUGGGAAACGUUGCUAUCGCCUGUGGAGGUGAUACCGGUGUUUUUAAUCAUGGUGAGAAUGCGCUCGAGAUGGAUCUUAUGGUCCAGCUUGGGGCGCCUUGGGAGUGGGUUCUUCGUUGGGCCACACUGGGCGGCUGGGAAUGUAUCGGUGGAGUGUUGGAAUCGGAGCCUGACGGUGGCGAUAAUGCCGUCCCAUUUGGCUGGGUCAAAGAAGGAUGGGCUGCUGAUCUUGUUGGUCUUGAGGGCAACCUGGCGACAGAUUUCUCAGCAACCAUUCGUCGUGUCCAAUUCGUCAUGAAGAGAGGACGUGUCUACAAGCUCAGAGGCAAGCAAGUGCCUCUGUCAUGA